GUCGGUGGAUUGCAAAUGAAGAAUAACAAGAGUGGACCGUAGGGAUUCCGAGAGUAUGGCCAUUUCAAAAAGCUACUGGUAGCAGAGAUUAGGAACGACGGCCAGCAGAUGGCGGGAGGGUCGGAGCAUCGGUUGAACAGACGGGAGUUUCUAGGCCCUGUACGUAAUCGCGUGUCCACGCACGGUGAACGCUAGCACUCGUUUGCUAGACGGCCGGCUAGCAAAACGAGUCGAUUUCUCCUGGUGCGCGAUAUCGCGGUAAACGGCGGUGGAGACGUUGCACGUCGAGGGACUCGAGGGUAUUGUCGUGGGCACCGGUACAAAGGGGAGCCCGUGGUAGAUCGCAACGACGACGACGGCGGCAGCGGCGGCGGCGGCGGCAUUGUCCUGCUUGUUUUGUUGUCUCGCGCGAAACGCACAGGUGGAACAGAGACGAAGCUAUCGCGUUGUCGAGGGACCGAAGAGUGACGGAGGAGAGCGAGACGGUGUGUGUACGACUGCUCAUGACUGGUCGUUCGCCGUGUACACGACGUGCGCAUAGGUGUACCGUAAAAGAAGACAACUCGAGGAAACGCGAGGAGAACGUAAAAGGUAGAAAGAAAGAGGGAACGGUCUCGGGCGAGAACGGGCUCGCAGCGAAAGAGAACGACAGGAACGGUACGAGAUAGAUAGAUAGACAGACGGAAGACGGAAAAGGUGGGAGCGAAAGGGAAAGACGGAAAUAAAGAAAGAACGAAAGGUAAGGCCAGUGGUACAACAGGACACGAGGAGGGAAAGACGGGCAGACCGAAAGCGCGUUAGAUCAGAACUGCGUGAUCCAAAAUGGCGCUGAACCAGGACGUGGACCAGUUGUCGAAGAGCAAUCUCGUGGUGAGGAUCGAUCAGAACUCGGAAUCGGAUCUACAGGCGCUCUUCGACAGCGUCCUGAAGCCAGACUCGAAGCGUCCGCUGCAAGUGCCACUGCGCAUGCGCAAUCUACCAGAUUCCUUCUUCAAUCCACCGUCGACGGGUAGCAAGAGUCCCUCGAUCUCGCAUUCCCGGGAGAAUUCGGCGGAUUCGGCGUUCGGGACAGCGGCAGUCGCCGCCGGUGCCGCUGCACCCGGUGGAAACGCGACCGGUACACAGGCCGCCGGGGCCACAUCGGCCACCGGUGGAAGUGGUAACAGCGGUGGUAGCGGAACAAACGCCGCAGGUGCGGCUGCGGCUGCAGUCGCGGCCGCGGCCGCGGCUGGCCUCACCGUCGCUCAUCCUCGCGCCCACAGCAGCCCGGCCUCGCUUCAACAGACGUACGCGUCGGCUCAGCAGGCGCCUCAGCACGCGCCCCAGCCGCACGCGCGUCACCACCAUCACCAGAAGCAACGCAGCUACGACGUCAUCAGUACGGUCGACGACCUGGGUCCCCUGCCGCAUGGAUGGGAACAGGCGCGCACCCCCGAGGGACAGAUCUACUUCCUCAACCACCUGACGCGAACCACGACAUGGGAGGAUCCGCGGAAAACAGCGGCCGCGGCGAACGUGGCGGCCGUGGCUGCCGCCGUCGACAACGGAAAGUCCACCACAGGGGCCACAAAUUCACUGGGCCCGUUACCGGACGGAUGGGAGCAAGCGCGCACCCCCGAAGGAGAGAUCUACUUCAUCAAUCAUCAGACACGCACCACCUCCUGGUUCGAUCCGAGAAUCCCGACGCAUCUUCAGAGGGCUCCAACAUCGGGCGCCAUGUUACCGCAGAAUUGGCUUCAGCAACCCACAGGUGGUGGUAUUCAGAGUAAUCAAACGUUGCAAGCGUGUCAACAGAAGCUUCGUCUCCAGUCGCUACAGAUGGAACGCGAACGUCUCAAACAACGGCAACAGGAAAUCAUGCGUCAGCAAGAGCUGAUGCUCCGACAGAGCACCACCGACGCCGCCAUGGACCCGUUCCUAUCUGGAAUCAACGAGCAACACGCGCGCCAGGAGAGCGCGGACAGCGGUCUCGGUCUUGGUUCUGCAUACUCUUUGCCACACACCCCGGAAGAUUUCCUCGCGAACAUUGACGACAACAUGGACGGUACAAGCGGUGAGAUAUCCUCGCAGAUGGAGGCGCACCCAUGGAGACCCCAGAUCUUUCUACUCUGAGCGAUAAUAUCGACUCGACCGACGAUCUCGUCCCGUCGUUACAGUUGAGCGAGGACUUCAGUAGCGAUAUUUUGGACGACGUGCAAUCGCUCAUAAAUCCUAAUCCGACGAAACCUGAAAACGUGCUGACGUGGCUGUAGUAUGGCGGUUGGGAAUUGUCUAUGACAGGCAAGCAAUUUAAGAAAUCGACACGAUAAACAAAAAUUGCAAUUUUUAAUACGUCUAAACUGAAUGGGACGGUCCCAUGGGAUUUUACCAGUAAAGUAACGACUAUUCCAUAACGACAAAAAACAAAAACAAACAAAAAAAAAAGUAAAAAAAAAAAAAGAAAAGAAAAGAAGAAAACGAUAAGAAAAACGCACGUGAACGAGAAAAUUUUUUUAAACGUUUAAGUGGUAAAUGGAGCCUUAAUUGCGACGCGUUAUGCUCAACGUAUAUACGGAAACGUGUGUACAGGAACAUUCACAGGGUGUUCCAGGAAACAUUGACGUCGGAUCCAAGGAUCGUGCUUCUUAUUGAGUUCCAAACACAGAUUUCGUCUUAUCUGUCGCGCACGUCGAGCGAUAGGCUACGGAAGUGGUAAAGAAUUAUAGAAUUCGAGGCCUUAAAGUCUAGUGUUCAUGGCAAGCUUGUCGAGUCUUCCUGAAGAGAUCUUUGAGAAUAUUAAGCAGGCCGUAAUUAUCUCUAAGGCUUCUCGAGAAACGAACGUUUCGUUGCCAUUUCUGCGGCUGGUCGCCUGAAACAAUCGACAUUAACUUUGGAAUUGAAUAAAGAACACGAUCUUCGAUGUUUGGGGUUCGACGUUCUGGGGGGCAUCGUGUACAUGUAAAUGAAACGUAUUCGGAUCUUUCUCUUUCUCUCUUACUAUUAGGGUGUGUUUGGAUGUUUGUAUGUUUGUAUGCGUGUAUGAGUGCAUUUCUCCUCCGCAACAUUUUGUAUAUAAGUUUGUAUUUCUAUACUAAAGCACUAGUACGAGAGGGAGAGGGAGAGAGAGGACUGAAUAUUUUGAUAAUAAUAUUUAAAUGUGCGUGAACGCUCGUUGAUUAAUAGGGGAGCGCAGUGAACGAAGAAAGCUCGAUAUACUUCCCGAUAGUACGGAGUAGACAAGUAAAUUGUUGUUUAAUUAUAUUUAUAUCACGUUGAUUUACAAAUGGUAAUCUGAUAUCAUGACAUAUCAGAUUGAAACGAUCAUAGAUCUCGCGUGUGAUUUAAAUUUAAAGAGGGGGAAAAGAAAAGAGAAAAAAAUAAUGAAAAUAGGAGAAACACCAUACCUGAUGUGUUCACGGAAUUUUGAUCGUGGAACGAAACGCAAAAUAAGUGCAAUUAUUAACGGAAAAACUGUCCGCAUAGAGAUGAAAAUAGAAAGGGUAUGAUGUUCGAUAAACGAUAUUUUAUUCGAUAUUCGUCGAUUGAUACAAGCGGUGAUCUUUAUACGAUGUUUACGGAAGCAACGGCGAGCAACGUCUAAAAGUAUCAAAGCAUUUUUAAUGCACGGACACUUGUCUAUACCUUGAAGUUGGCAUACGGAGCAAAUCGUGUUACGUGUAUAAUUCAGAUUCGAAACAGAUUUCUUCGAAUCGCGUGUCCAAAGUAUAUAUACAUACAUACAUAUACACUGCAAUCGAGUGUCGAUAAUGCUCAGACUAUUUUACAAGCGAUAUAUGCUUAAACGAAGUGCCUUUUCAUUGCAAUCGAUUUUAACGACGAUAUUAUAUAUGUUGAUCGUCAUCUUUCAAAGCAAUAACCGUCCAUACGAGAUGUUUAUGUGAACAUGAGAUAAUUGUUAAAAUAGGCAAGCACGUUUUUUUAGACCCUUUUAAAUACUUCGAAGAGGGGAACACAAAAUGAAUAUAUAUAUUUUUUUUAUAUAUAAAGUCUAUACUUGUUACGAAUUGCAGUUAUAUUGGUAUUUUGAAAACACUGUUAGAUUGUAAAAUUCUCUUAUGUUUUAUACUACAUACAGUUAUAUAAUGGAGAUUACAAAAGAAGAGUAUAUGAUAUUUAUAGAUUAUCUUUAAAUAUCUUUAGCCUUAAGGUGUUUUUUCGCGUUCUUCGUUUGCCCGCCUUUUGGGGGGACGGGAACGAUCGAAAAGUGAAAAAAAAGAGGCCGUUAAUCUUGUACUUGUCUGUUUCUCGUGAAACAACGCGUAGUAAUGGUUAUUAUCGAACAAAUCAAAGCGACUCGGUAGAAGCGCAGACAGCGUGCGUACACAUAUAUUUUUAGUUACAUGGCAGCUUAAGUGUACACAUACGUCGUAAAAAAAAAAAAAGAGGAAGAAGAAGAAGAGGAGAGAGAAUAAAAAAAGAACGGAGGUUGACGUAACUUCUUUCGUUGGUUCGAAAAAAAAAAAGGCGGCGAUAACGAUUGAUAAAGUGGGCACCCAGUGAUAACAAUCGCGCAAUCAUGUAUUUUAUCCGACUGAUCUUUAUUCCACGUUUUACGUUUCUUUCUUCUGUCGAAAGGAAAAGAGAAAACGAUUUUAUUUUUUCAAUGAUACAAACCAUUAUCUUGUUGAAGUUUAUUUGUUAAUUGUCAAAUUUUUGAUUGUUAUUCGAAUCGUUGCAGUUACGUCUGCCCGCCGCGGUUGUUCGUCGAGGAUGAUGUAAUUUCGGUCCUUCAAAAAGAAUAUGGAAAAAACAACAAAAAAAAAAAAAAAUUGACAAGCCAUUGAUGCUCUCCUGCCUUUUCUUGCGACAAGGAAAAGUUCCGGAGACGCGAGCCAGACUUUGGUUUACAGUUACUCGCACGCUCGGUUUGAUAAUUUUUCUGUUCACAACGUUUCACGUGCGGGUAACGAGUAUUCGACCUCUUACUUUUUAUUUUUUAAUGAAGUUAUAAAACGAUCAUGUAAUAUUCACUCGAUAUUUUGUGUUACUAUCUGUAUUAUACGACUGAAACUUGGAAAGCGAUCGCUGUACAGUCACAUGUGCCAGCAUAAAACACAGUAGACCUCACGUUCGUUUUACAAAACAUUAAUCAUCGUGAACGUAACACA